AUGACUCUGAAGCUCUACGGCCACCCGGCUUCCUUGUGCACUCGCCGCGUUCUGCUCGUUUUGGCAGAGAAAGGCAUCGAGUAUGAAUUUGUCAACGUUGAUUUCAUGGCCGGAGAACAAAAGCGGGCGCCCUAUGAAGAGAGAAUGCCAUUUGGGCAGAUUCCGGCCCUCGAAGAUGGCUCGCUCCAUCUCUAUGAGUCCAGAGCGAUUGGUCGUUACCUAGCCUCCCAAUACCGCAGUCAUGGAAUCGACCUCCUCCCUGCUGUUGACGAUGCCCAAGUUUUUGAUGCCGCCCUUCAAGUUUUGUGGCUGAAGCUUUUCAACCCGGCUUUUGGGAUACCUUCGGAUGAGGUUGCGACCAAGGCUGGUGUUGAAAAGCUCCACGCUAAACUCGACGUCAUGGAUAAGAUCCUGUCCAAGCAGAGCUAUCUCGGUGGCCCUGACUUUACUGUUGUGGAUAUAUUCUACAUGCCAGCUGUGAAUGCUCUUCAUCAGGCUGACGAGGGGCAAGCCUUUCAGGAGCGCAAGAACCAUGGCGCUUGGUGGAACAAGGUGUCCAGUAGGGAAUCUUGGAAGAAAGUCAACAAGAACUAG